CUGCUGGGGCGGCCGCGCCACAGCGCUCGGUCGGGGCUUGCCAAGCGAGGCGAGGCGAAGCUGCGCGGCCACCCCGGAAAUGCCCAAGAGCUUUGUGUGAGCCGUCAAAAGCACUCUUCGUUCUGUGACGCAAGACUCCGUGUGGAAGGAGCCUUCUCUUCUGGGUGGGAUGCCGAGGAACAUGAUGUCGGACUUCUCUGGAAUGGUGCGUGAAUUCCCUCCAAAUUGUCAGUUCGGGAAUUUUGGGAAAAACAGCCUGCCGGAGAGUGGGAAAGGCCGCCCGGGACGCAGAAGUUCUACUUUGGAGGAAGAUGAGAGCCUGAGAUAUCUAAGUCACGAGGAAAAAGACGUGCUCCUCUUCUUUGAAGAAACGAUUGAGGCCUUAGAGGAUGACUUGGAAGAACAAGCCCUUCGCCGUCACUCUCCCCGGUCAAUGCAACAAAAUGCAUCCAGCCAUUUGGAGCCGGAAGAUAUCAUAGACUUGGUCCGGUCAGUGCCCGAGAACAGCGAUCGAGACUUUGUUCAUAGCCGACAAACAGAAGCAGGCUUGGAGGAGGUUUGGAAACUAGAUAAACAUCGACCAGAAUGCAACCAUGCCGUUGAUGGAAACGUUCCUGCUGAUGCUGUUGUCCCUUUUCCAGUGUUCCCAUCGGCACCUUCCCUGCCCAUGUACGAGGCGUUUCCUGCCACGGUGCCCGCGCAGCACCCCAAACUUCUCCGUUCUGUCCCCACUCCGCUUGUGAUUGCUCAGAAAAUAUCUGAAAAUCAGGGGGAGGGCAACCUUUUUUCUCCUGGCUCCCCAAAGGAGAGGAAGUCUGCAGAGAGGAGAACACCCAAUUCUUCGCCUAAGCAAAAUGGAGGGCGUUUCACAGCCUUCAAGCCGUCUGUUCCCCCUCCAACCGCCCCCAAGCCCCUGAAGUUUCCAAGCAACAUCAACAUCACCAACCUGAGCGAAAGAGAGUUCAGCAAAACUAUCUCUAGGGCAGCUGUCAGCGUCCAGGAACGCAAGGCUCAGGUGUUGGCUAAUGUCAAUGGUUCAGCCUUCGUAAUAAGUGAGCUGGAAGAGAGACUUCAGAAGUAUGAACUCUCGGGUCCCAGUAGAAGUUCAUCCUUAAGGGACUUGCCUUCAGAGCAAGCAAGGCACGAGGCGUUGAGUAAACUAGGACUGGCGGAAGAAACUCUUGUUCAGGCUGAGGCUCAACUGGAGAAACCUCCAAGCGCUCCCACGCCAAAGGAUGAAAAACCAGGAGAAGCACAAGCCCUGUCAAAUGGCUAUCGAAACAUCCAUGACCUCUUAAAGCGAGAGCCCAACUCGUUUCCAAACGUGAGCAAAACCAUGACAUUCAAACCAGACAUGACUCUUGUGGAUGGUAAGCUCACUCGGCAGAAUGCGGCCAAGAGCUUUUAUGACCGCCGGCAGCCAGAUUUCGCCCUGGAGAUGAGGAGGAGGGCUGGCUCGCUCCCCAGACCCUCCGGACUGAGACCUCAAGGCGUCACUGUGCAGUUUUCUGGUCGCGGGUCAACAGAGGAAGCUAGGAGAGAGGCGCUGCGGAAACUCGGACUUCUGAAGGAGUAGAUGAAGGACAGCAAUGGAAUUAGGGUGAACUCUGUGCCCCAACAGACUGCUUCCAAUGAGAGCCAAGGACAAUUCUCCUUCACGUGAGGGAGAUAUUAAACAGAGGGCUGGAUUGACCCCCUUUUAUGUUACUGGGAAAGUUUCUGAUGGACUGCUCUAGCCAGGCUCAUCCAUCCACUGGCUGGGCCAAAACUGAGCAACCCCCCCCCCAAUUGCUGCUGGCUCUGAGAGGGCCGUUCAGGUUCCUCCUGGGCUAUUCCAGCUUCCCAAACCACACUCACCCACCAAUUGACUAGCAUUGUGCCACAGGUACUCCUGUUCGGAUUUAGUCAUGGCUUUCCGUCAUUUAUCGAUCCUCCAGGGGGAUUUCCAAAACUGAUUGUCUCGAGAUGCCUGGAUGCAAGAAGAUUGCCCCCUAUCCAUGAAGUUUAAUCGUGCAGUAUUUGCUUGUGAGGGGCGUGCAUUUGGCAAAUUUGCACCCCAGGGCAAAUGGAUUUCUUUCCUGGGAUACCUACCGUAACGAAGCCAAGAACAGUCUUAAAGGGGAUUAUAUGGGGAUGAAUUUAUAUACUGAAGUCAACAUAGACGAUAAAGAUGCUAUCUUUGAUCGUCAUGUGCUUCUCUAAAAACGAUCGGCCGCCUUGCUGUGCUCCCGUGUCUUCCCGUCUGCUGUAGCCCAGCCGUUCUUUUCAUGACAUGUAAUAAGUCAUUCAGAAUCUGUGCCAACAAAAUUGCCAUUUGGGGGUUUGUCUGGCGGGUGGUGUUUGGUGCAACCGUUUUAAAAUCUGCUCUUUCCAAGUCAUUCCUUUGUCAGCAUAUUAAUGGUGUUGAGACAGCAGGACGCACCACUAAACAGCUUUUUCAGCAUUUGCUUUUGACCAGGAGAGCAAUCCUUCCUGCCGUAGCCACAGAGAUGAGGGCGUUGAGUGUCUUCAAUAAUAUCUGGCUCCUGCUCUGUGCCACUUCAGUGCCAGGCCCGGCACUGCUCUGCCACAGGGUGUGCCCAGGGCAUUCACUUCCUACCCCUCCCCUUGAAGCAUUUAAUGAUCUGCUCCUCUCACUGGCCCUUGUGUGUGAGCGUGCGUGUGUGUGUGUGCUGGGCCAUGGCGAGUGAAGCGCUGUAGGAACCACGCAGUGUGCCCAGCAGAGCUCAUGGCAGCAGGCUGGCACAGGGCGUGAAAAUAAAACUGGGCGUCUGCAUCUCCGUGAGUGCAGAUUGACACCCAGGGGAAACCCUUUGGGGUUUGAUAAAAGUGUCCUUUAAAAAUUGCUCCCUGUCUUUAAAAUUCGAAUAUGGGGAUUGGAAUCGUAUCAUAGGGAGUGCCCUUGGGACCGAGUUCUAGACUUGAAAAUAGGAUUCUGAAGAAUUAAUUUUGUAAUGGAAGAAGUAUAUCCUUUCUGCAAACAUGGCAUUCUUUCCUCCAACAGAAGGUUCCUGGAGUGUUUUGUGGGCGAUUGGCUCUAUGUGUUGGCACACUUUGCAGUUGCAAGCAACGCAUGCAGGGUGGUGACUGCUGCUAUGAACUGCUACGAUCGGUGUAGGGGCCACAGUAAGAACCCAUUCUCAACAUUCCCUGCAGUUGCAAAUGUUUAUUUCCAUCAACCCUGUACUGAGAACAGUCUUGCUUUAAAGCUGAGCAAAACCCCUUUUAACUUCAGAGACCAUGAAAAUCAUCUUGAAUACAGGAUGCUGUCAUGCAUUUCCGUUGCUCAUAUAUAGCUCAAUAUUGUCUACUCUGAGUGGCUUGACUACAAGGUUGCAGAGUCCUUUCCUAGCCCUGUUCCCAGAAAUUCUUUCCUUUGAGAUGCCCGGGAUUGAACCUGGGACUUUGCACUUGCCAAGCAGCGGCUCUGCGGCUAAGCUAUAUUGGCCAGCAAGAUGAAUUUCCCAGGCAAUGGAGCCAGUAGGUGGGUUGGUUCUUUUAGUGAGAUCUGCGCAGGGCUCCACGCGGUUUAAGUGCUUUGAUAUAAAUCAGCUCUUGUUUUUAUUAGCAUCCCAGCAGAUGUUCUAAAUCCACUGUAGGGUUUUUUUUCCCUCCCACUUGCCGGACAUACUCCAAAUUGCCCUUGGCACACAGGCAGCCUCUUUCCUAUGGACUCGAAGCCAAUGCAUCUAACUGGACAUGCGUUCUUCUCCUCAUUAUACCCACCUUUUUCCUCUUGCAAGUCCCCCUGGGUCAAAUUUUAGUUUGAAUAGAAUAAGGCAAUGGAUCUCUACCCCCAAGGAGCUUACAAAGUGCUGUGUGUAUUGAUGGCAAACUGUCAAGAAUGCAUGUACUUGCAAGCUUUCCAACUUGCAGCUGUGCACGCCCCAGCUACUCUUUGAGAAACUUGAUUGCAAAGUAUAUAUAGCACAAGGUGUUUUUCCCAAAAUGUAAUCUGUCUCAAGUCUUGGCAAGAAAGGUGGACUAUAACUAAAGUAAGUAAUAACCAUCCCUUCUUCCAUUAAAACCAAUCUGUAUCCAGUUCUUAGCCCAAAAGAUACGCAAUUUCAAUCCCAAAUAUCCCACCAUCUUUAGUGGAAUCAUAGCACAUCUUCUCUAAAGGGUUACUCUGGUUUGACAAUCAUUCCUUCUCAUUGGAAAGACCUGGGAACUAUGUUUAGAGGGAAGGGUGUAGCGGUCUUGGAGAAUUCACCACCUUAUCACAAAACUACAACUCUUGGGAUUCUUUGAGGGAAACCAUGACAGUUAAACUGGUAUAAAACCUCUGUAAGAUUGUACUGUAGGUAUGGCCAGCAGUUUGAUUUGAGCCUCCUUAAGCAUCAUUAAAGUGCAAUAAAAACCCAACAGACUCCCGUUCACAACUAUUUAGAGGUGUGGGUGGUGGUAACAAUGCCACACCUGUUUUAUUGUCAAAGCUUUGACCGCCACUGUGAAUUCUCAUAUCUUCUCUUAAACGCAUUGCUUGAAUCUCUGCAGGUAGGCCUUGUACAUGAAAAUGUUGUGAAGGAACUUCUUAUUUCAUGGUUAACUUGUCUCCUAAGUACAUUAUUGUUAUUAUAUUAUUAAUUGGAAAUAAUAGUAUUUAAUCUUCUUACCUCGUUUAAAAUGGAGUAUUCUUGGUCUCAUUGACAUGAAGGGAUCUUUAGAGAGUGCUAAAAAUGUUUGUCGUGUUUCCUCAUAUAUGCCCUGAGAUGCUGUCGCGUCUACCAAUUUAAAUAAAAUAUGGCCUGUCUUA